AUGACGACAAAACGCAGCAUCAAGACUCCAUAUGUUGCCAAUGACAACAGCUCGGGUGAAGUUGCUCACCACGAACACCACGAACACCACGAUUCUCCAACUGCCAAUGAUCACCGUCAACGAGACUGGUCUAAGCUUCGUGAAGAUGCCAAUCUCGCUACGGAAAAUGAACACAAUACAACAUUUCUUCAAGCAGUCAAGCUGUAUCCCAAAGCAGUUGCUUGGUCACUGGUUGUAAGUCUGGCUAUCAUCAUGGAUGGCUAUGACACUGCCUUGAUGGGCAGCCUAUUUGGAUUCCCGGCAUUCCAGCGCAAAUAUGGUCACCAAGUUCCCGACAGCAACAAGUAUACGUUGACCGCACAGUGGCAAAUGGCUCUAGGAAUGGCUACACCUGUUGGUAACGUGGUCGGGAUCAUACUCAACGGCCAUCUCACCGACAAAUUCGGGCACAAGCCGGUCCUGCAUGGUGGCUUGAUUGCCCUCAUUGGGCUCAUAUUCAUCCAAUUCUUUGCCCAGAACGUACAGGUUUUAUUCGUCGGGCAGCUGUUGUGCGGGAUUCCGUGGGGCAUGUUCACGACCUUGGCCCCAGCAUUUUCUUCAGAAAUCGCGCCCUUGAUCCUGAGAAGCUACUUGGAGACGUGGGUCGUUUGUUGCUGGGGCAUCGGUCAAUUCUUUUCUUACGCGGUGCUGUUCAGCCUCAACGAUUGGGACAGCCAGUGGGCGUAUCGCAUCCCGUUUGCAAUUCAGUGGCUCUGGCCCAUCAUCAUACUCCUGUUAGCUAUAUUCUGUCCAGAAUCGCCAUGGUGGCUCGUACGAAAAGGCCGCUACGAGAUGGCUAAGCAAUCUGUUAUCCGACUCAGCUCAGCCAAGAGCAAAGAAAUUGCGGUCGAAAACGCCAAGAAGGCUGUCGCUUUGAUGAUUGAGACAGACAAGUUGGAGAAGGAAACAACUAAGGAUACGUCGUUUCUGGCUUGUUUCAAGGGCCAUGAUCUGUGGAGAACAGAGAUCGCAUGUUUUACUUGGGGCAGCCAGAUCUUCACUGGGUUCGUCGUCCAGAGCUAUGCGGCCUAUUUCUUUCAGCAAGCAGGCUUGAGCCCAUCCGACUCAUUCAAGAUGACUCUGGGUAUGGGAGGAAUCCACUUGUUGUGCAAUCUCGCAUCCGCUGCCCUCACUGGAAACUAUGGUCGUCGGCCUCUCUACCUCUGGGGGAACUUGGCUUUGGCUCUUAUCAUCAUGGUUGUUGGUUUCUUAGCCUUCGGUCCUCUAAACUCAGCCUUUGGGUACGCCACGUCGGCCGUUUAUCUGGUCUGGUUUGCUGUUUGGUGUCUAACCAUGGGACCAUUGCCGUACGUUAUCAACGCCGAGGUAUCAUCCACAAGGCUACGAUCCAAAACUAUCGCACUGGCUAGAGGGACAUACCUGAUCCUGAACAUAAUAAACAGCGUUGUCUCGCCAUACAUCUUGAAUCCCCAGAACGCAAACUGGCGAGGCAAAUCAGGGCUCCUCACCUCCGGUCUGACCGUCGUCUCGCUGAUAUGGGCGUAUUUCCGCCUCCCCGAGACCGGCAAUCGGACUUUUGAAGAGUUGGAUAUUCUAUUUGCAGAGAAGAAUAUUACGGCGAGAAAAUUCUCCAAGGCUGUCAUUUACAGAGAAGGCGAAGUAGUCAGAGUGACCGGCCCUCAUACAUCUGAUAGUUAG